AUGGUCCACGUAACGAGCCUGGUCGUUUUUCUGACUUGUAUGGUUCUGUCCGAGGCCCAGCAUGAGCCUGGCUACUGUGCUUUCUAUGAGGAGUGUGGAACUAACCCACUGAUAGAUAAGCCCCUUAUUCCUGCUAUUGUCCCCUGUCUAAACUACAGCAGAGCCCGACUUGUCACAGGAAGUCACUACACUCAACUCAAAAAGGUGUGUCCCAUCUUGGACCGUGGCAAGAAGAACACUUACGCCUGCUGCUCAACUCAACAGUUGACAUCCCUUGAUAAGAGCCUGGCCCUGUCCAAGGCCGUGCUGAACCGUUGUCCCUCCUGCGCUGAGAACUUUGCCCACCUGCACUGCAUCAACACCUGCAGCCCCAACCAGAGCCAGACAGUGAAAAUCACAAAGGUCAUGAACCUCACUGAUGAUUCAAACGUGACGAGGGAGGUCGUGGUGGGUUACCAGGCGUUCCUCAGCGACACCUUUGCAGACGGGUCAUUCCAGUCCUGCAAAAAUGUCAGGAUACCUGCCACAGGGGGUUUCGCCAUCAGCACCAUGUGUGGACGAUACGGCGCCAAGCUGUGUACCGCUCAGCGCUGGUAUGACUUCCAGGGAGACUCCAGCAACGGCCUGGCUCCACUGGACAUCAACUUCAGGCUGAUAAAGGAGGGAUACACUGAGGGACUACCAGAGGGUGUGAUUCCCUACAACGGACGUGCACUGAAGUGUAACGAGACCACACCUUCAGGAGGCCAAGUCUGCUCCUGCCUAGACUGCCAAGAGUCGUGCCCGAGUAUACCUCCUCCACCGCUGCCCCCGGGUCCCUUCAGACUCUUGGGGACAGACGGCUUCCUUGUGAUCUCCAUCAUCUUGCUCUGUCUCCUGAUAUUUGCCUUCCUAUUGUACCUCUUUGUCUCUUACUGGGUGAUGUCUAAGAAGAGAGACGAUGAAAAGAAAGGAAAGAGGAAGGCGAACGGCAAAGACCAGAACAGUAAUGAGGUGACUCAGCGACUCAUUGACCCGUCGGAGGUGACGUGCGCUGACAGGAACAGCCUGGCAGCUCAAGCUUUCCUGAGCUCAUGGUUUCGGCACUGGGGAAUCCUCAUGGCCACUUAUCCUCUCACAGUGCUCCUGCUGUCGGCUGCGGUCGUGGCUGUUUUCGCUGCCGGCCUCAAAUCCAUCGAGCUCACCACUGACCCAGUGGAGCUGUGGUCCGCUCCCGACAGCCGGGCCCGCCAGGAGAAAAAGUUCCACGACACAUACUUUGACCCCUUCUUCAGGACCAACCAGCUGAUCUUGACAGCGCCAAACAGAAAGGGCUACAUUUAUGAUUCCUUGCUGUUUGGACCACAGAACUUUAGUGGGAUCAUAUCUAAGGAUCUCAUCAUCCAGCUGCUGGAGCUCCAGACACAAAUACAGAACAUUGAGUUCUGGUCAGAGGAUCUGAACCGCACAGCAAGUCUGAAGGAUGUGUGUUUCGCGCCUCUGAACCCAAACAACGUCUCCCUGACGGACUGUGCAACCAACAGUUUGCCACAGUACUUCCAGAACAGCCUGGACAACAUUAACGCUAAGGUGAACAUGACAGAGCUGGGGGUGACCAAAGAGGUGGACUGGAGAGACCACUUGAUCUACUGCCUCAACUCUCCUCUGUCCUUCAAAGACAUCACUGAUUUGGGGAUGAGCUGCAUGGCUGACUACGGCGCUCCAGUCUUCUCCUUUCUAGCAGUGGGAGGCUAUACGAAUGACGACUUCACCAAUGCCGAGGCUUUAAUCCUGACCUUCUCCCUCAACAACUACGCUCGCACCAACACCAAGUUUAAAGUGGCCAUGCAGUGGGAAACAGAGUUUCUUAAAAUUGUCCAAAAGUACCAGAAAAACCCUGCCAACAACUUCACCUUUGCAUACAUGGCAGAGAGGUCCCUGGAGGACGAGAUAAAUCGGACCACGUCAGAGGACAUCCCCAUCUUUAUGAUUAGCUAUGCUGUCAUCUUUCUUUACAUUUCUGUUGCUCUGGGAGAGUACACUUCAUGGAAACGCAUACUGGUGGACUCCAAGUUCCUGGUGGGUCUGGGUGGGAUCCUGGUGGUCGGCUGCUCUGUCCUGACUUCCAUGGGCUUCUACUCCUGGAUCGGCAUCCCCUCUUCGCUGGUCAUUCUGCAGGUUGUGCCCUUCCUGGUGCUCGCUGUAGGAGCUGACAACAUCUUCAUCUUUGUUCUGGAGUACCAGAGAGAUGCACGAAGACCUGAAGAAAAAAGAGAGGAGCAGAUUGGACGUGUCCUUGGAAACGUCGCUCCCAGCAUGCUCCUGUGCAGUCUGUCUGAGUCUAUCUGCUUCUUUCUAGGGGCCCUCUCCACCAUGCCAGCAGUCAAGACCUUCGCUCUGUACGCUGCUCUGGCUGUGCUCAUGGACUUCAUCCUGCAGAUGACGGCCUUUGUGGCGCUGCUGUCCCUGGAUGCCCGGCGCCAAGACAACAACCGCUGUGAACUGCUCUGCUGUGUCACAGUGUCAACGCAGCGUCCCAACAAGCCAAAUGAGGGCUUUCUGCUGCCCUUAAUGAGGAAAUACUACGCCCCCGUCCUACUGAGCCGCUACAGCAGGAUCUUAGUGAUGUUGGUUUUCAUCUUCAUGCUCUGUGGAUCUGUAUUCCUCAUGUUUAAUGUCACAGUUGGUCUGGAUCAGGAGCUGGCUAUGCCCAAGGGCUCUUAUAUGUUGGACUAUUUCCAGUUCUUGUACAAAUACUUUGAAGUUGGAGUUCCUGUUUACUUUGUCACAAAAAGGGGCUUCAACUUCACCACUGUGGAGGGCAUGAAUAGCGUCUGCUCCAGCGCGGGUUGUGAUGAAUUCUCACUAACCCAGAAGAUCCAGUACGCCACCAAUGACCCUGAUCUAUCCUACUUGGCUAUUCCUGCUAACUCUUGGGUGGAUGACUUCAUUGACUGGCUGAACCCUGGAUCAAAAUGUUGUCGUAUGUACACCACCGGUCAAAAUACUGGAAGCUUCUGUCCUGCAACUGAAACUGAUAACCGCUGUAGACGUAGAUGUAUGCCUAUUCCUCUGAAUGGCGUCCUCAGGCCAAGUGUAGAAAAAUUCAACCGUUUCCUCCCUGACUUCCUGGGUAACAGGCCUGACCUGCAGUGCCCCAAAGGUGGUCUUGGGGCCUACGACAAGGCCGUGGUGAGAGAUGCGAGCGGAGAAAUUAUAGCCUCUCGGUUCAUGGCUUACCACACACCUUUAACAAACUCUCAGGAGUUCACUGCUGCGCUGCUGAAGUCCAGAGAGCUGGCCUACAAUAUCACCAUGGGCAUGAGGAAAGUCAAUGGCACCUCACCUGACUUUGAAGUAUUUCCCUACACGGUAACGAAUGUGUUUUACGAGCAGUACCUGACUAUCGUGCCAGAGGGACUCUUCAACAUCUCGCUGUGUCUGCUGCCGACCUUCGUGGUGUGCUGCCUGCUUCUGGGCCUGGACCUGCGCUCCGGCCUGCUCAACCUGGCCACCAUAAUCAUGAUCGUCGUGGACACUGUGGGCGUCAUGACACUGUGGAGCAUCGACUACAACGCAGUGGCCCUUAUCAAUCUGGUCACGGCGGUGGGCAUCUCUGUGGAGUUUGUGUCACAUAUGACAAGAUCCUUUGCGCUCAGCACCAAGCCCUCACAUGUGGAAAGAGCAAUGGAGGCUACAGCCAAUAUGGGCAGUGCGGUAGUUGCUGGUGUUGCUAUGACCAACCUGCCGGGCAUCCUUGUGCUGGCGUUUGCCAAAGCACAGCUCAUCCAGAUCUUCUUCUUCCGGUUAAACCUGAUCAUCACACUUCUGGGGCUGGCUCAUGGACUCAUCUUCCUCCCUGUGCUGCUUAGCUACUUUGGUCCUGAUGUGAACAAGGCAGUGCUGCUGCAGCUGCAACAGGAGAAAGCAAAGGUCAGCCAGGAGCUGGAGACGGGGAGCCACAUGAGACAUGUCUAUGAUAACCUGAGCUAUGAAGACAUUGAGAUAAAACCGGAGCCAGACUCAAAUGCUGUCACAGCUGCAAGCGGACCUUCAACCAUUAUAGAAAAAGAGGAGAGAAGUGACCGUUUCUGAGCGCUGGCAACAAAAACAGUUUCUAUCAGCCCUGAUGAGUAAAUACCUCCAUAACAAGCUGCAAAAGGAUAGACACAGGAAUGGACAGAGAUAGUAAAAUAAGUCAUUAACUUAACUAUGUACCUCAAUCAGAAAUGGACCAGGGGACUGUCAACAACAUACAGUUGUGCAAUAUUUCUGAGCAAUGCAAGAUCGGACUGCUGCAAUAAGCAUCGACCCUCCUGUCUCAUCGAAAGAGAAACUAUGAGUCUCUCUUUACAGGCACUGCAGUUGGGCAGGAUUUGUUUUUCAGUUGUGGAAAUGUGCGACAGGACAGGAGGUCGACUAAUGUUCUUGAAUGAGUAAUGUUUUAUUUUUUUAUUGAGUAAUUAUUUUGUAUUUGAAGACUACACAUUAGUACUGUUUCGAGUGAUUCACUUACACCCCAGCAUUUCAUGAUAGUUUAUUCAAUUGCAGUAUGUUGCUAUUGCUGUAAAAUGUGCAAUCAGUGAGAAAAUGUUGAAUAUUUUUAUUGGUUAAGUAAAUAUCCUUAU